GCAAUCGCAUGAUCCUUAUGUAUUCCUAGAUCCGCGUGGCCGUCGAGAUCAAAAAUACUCUCGCUCUCGGAAAUAUCACUUCCCCCCAACAUGCAAUGAUGUCCACGGGCUGUCAUCGUCCCAGCUGAUCUUUUACCGCGAACCGAUCAUAGUUUCCACAAACCAAUGGACUCGCAUCCCUCCCCCACUAAGCCCAAAUCCUCUAAGCAAGCCUGCGAUAAUUGUCGCCGUCGAAAGAUCAAAUGCUCUAGAGAGCUUCCUUGCGACAAGUGCCAGCGUCUCCUGCUCUCUUGCUCCUACAGUGACGUUCUCCGGCGCAAGGGUCCCAAGUUUCGCACCAUCUAUCCACUUGCGCCUAUUCACCCACUAGUAUCCCGCCAACAAUCGGGUUCUUUUCACCAGCACCCGCAACAGUACCCUCCGGAAAAGCAAUGGACGGCUGAUACUGUGGUAUAUCCCUUGGCAAGAUCGCCAACAUCACCACCCUUCACAUUGACGGACUCUCAAUACCUGUCCCAAGAUGUUUUGGAGCCGUUCACCCAGCUUCCUCCCCCGGAGCUUGUCUCGUCCCCGGACUCAACAAACUCUCUCUCGGACUCUACGAUUGGUACAAUUCGACCCUAUAAAGGGCGUCUUUCGGCCCCGCUGCUUUUAGCUCAUGUCAAUGUUUACCUGAAAUACUUGUUCCCCAUCAUGCCAGUAGUGCGGAAGCAGGAGCUCCAGCGAGAUUGUCACCAACCGGAGCUGCUAUCAUCGCAGAGGUAUGCAUUUCUGGCAUCUCUGUGCGCAGCCACACAUAUUCAGCUCAAGCUGGACGGUUCGUCCCCAGUUCCUGAUCCCUCGUAUCUUACGACUGGGUCCGAUGGGCACUCGUGCAUGUCUGGGGAGGAGCUGCUGGCCGAAGCGGUACGAGCAAGGAAAGAAUGUGACGUGGUAGAAGACUUGACUAUAGACAGUCUCCUCACCUCGUUUUUUCUCUUCGCUUCUUAUGGCAAUCUAGACAGACAAGACCAUGCUUGGUUUUACUUAUGCCAGGCCACCUCCAUGAUCUUCACUCUCGGUCUCAACCGCGAGUCAACUUACGCUGAACUGAGUGUCGAAGAGGCUGAAGAAAGGCGAAGAGUUUUCUGGUUGUUGUUUGUGACAGAAAGGGGCUAUGCACUCCAGCAAGCGAAACCGGUAAUGCUACGCAACUCUAUCCACAAACCACAGGUCCUCUGCUCCGAAGACCCGAUCCUCGCUUACGGAUUCAUCAACCUUAUCAGCAUAUUCGAAAAACUGACCGUCAAUCUUUAUGACUGGAUUUCAGCGGGCGGCGUAGACAGCUCUUCCGAGAUUCCACCUACCUCUGCCAUCCAAUCCAGCCUCUGCAAAGCGAUAUCCCUCGAUGGAGUAUCGGAGAUCCAGAAAGUCGACAUCCUCAUCACCCAACAGUGGCUGCAAGCCAUGAUGUGGAAGCUCUCUAUGACCCGCCCCACCCAGCCUGGUUCUCGCGACGACGCAGUCCUCCCUUUUCAUCUUCCUGUCAUGGUCGGAAAGGCCGUAAUGAACGUCAUCAGCGCUGCAUCUCAAGACGCUGUUGACGCUCACGGCAUCGGCAUGGAACAAAAGCUCUUCGACUUAGGAACCGCCGUCGCCGACGUCGCUCGGUCUCUGGGGUCCAAAGCUGCCCGCCGUCUCUCCGAAUCGACCAUCGAACCCCGCGAGCUUCUAUGGGGAAUCCUCACCACCCUCUCCCGCAGCCGCGGCUCCCAGUCCCACCUCUUCCCUACAUUGCUGGAGCGCUGCAACGGCGCCCUCGACUUCACCUCUCCCCUCUCCAUGGGCGAGUUUCUCGCCUUACCUGCGCCGCCACCGCCUACCAAUUCCUCUGAGGCGUGGAAUGCAGAGAGCAAUGGGCUGGAAAUGGUCGCCUCCUUACCAGACAGUCUCCAUAACCAUCAAGAUCCCGACGACGUCGACACGCUAUCGCGGAUCCUGACCCUGUCUUCACAUAUAGAGUUUCCGGUCGGAGUUGGUGGUGGUGGUAGUAGUAGUAAUCAUAAGUGACCACGAUGAUGGGCGUUGGGUUUUUAAGAAAGGUAGAUAUGGUUUGUUGGCGAUUCGGACGGUACGUUGCUCGUUACAUUGGGACUAGUGAACUAUCUGUGAUACCAAUUUCAAGUAUUUAUGUAGUGGACAAAAAAAGGUCUGGAGGGCCUG